ACCGUCGAUCAGAGCACAAAGUCUAUAAGGAAAUUAGUUCACAGUAAAAAUUCCAUUUCGCAACGAGAAAGGUUCGAACACUUCUAUAGUGCGAAGCAAGCUUGAAAAAAUUCAGGCAAAGCAGGAGGAACAAAAAACGAGUGGAUAUCCAAGAGACCUAGAUCAGCGGACAUAUUCACAGUGAAGCAUGAAGACUCUAAUUUUUUUGGCGGUUUUUGCAAUUGUCUUCCAGCUUGGCAUAAGUCAUAUGUAUGGCGAACCAAAAGGUAAAGUUACCUGCAACAACAAUCAUACGGUCGAUAUCAAAAUCACUAACUUAGAUGAUCUUAACGGGUGGACGGCAGAUGAAUGGCAAUUAAAGAGCAAGAACGAGUGCAAGCCAGUAUUUGGUAACAGGACAGUAACCUACAGUGCCCUGAAACUGCCUGAUUGUGCUUGGUCAUCAGAACAACCGGCUAACGGCAGUAUCAAAUAUGUCUUGAAAAUCAAUCCAACCAAGAAAAACUCCAGCACCGGGCAGCUUCGUGUCUAUGACCACCUUUACUAUGUAUGGUGUUCGUAUGUCAAUCAAAACGUAUCCACAGCCAGUUUUGUACCAAUCAAGAACCGGGAAGACAACGAUUCAAGCACUGCGUUUUUCAACUUUAAUCUUCAAGCGUUCAACUAUCCCAAUCAUACUGGAAGAGUUUCCAUCGAAGUUCCGCUGAAAAAAAAGUUGUACUUCCGGGCUUCGGUUGAGACCUCAAGCCAUGCACCCAAUCUUGACCUUUUUCUUGUUAACUGUUAUUCAUCAAAGAACAGUGAUCCGACUUCAACGGAUGGGCGAGUUACUCUGAUAGAAGAAGGUUGUGGCAACAAAGAUACCAGUAAAGACCUCGAAGACACUUUGUCCUACUCUUGCGCAAAUGACAGUACCAAAGAAAAGUUCUCCAUUCAGGCCUUUAGGUACUAUGGAGCUAAGGCAGGUGACGCAGUUUACUUCCACUGUGUUCUGAGGGUUUGUCUGGCAGACAAGACCCCUUCAGCGUGCGAGUGCCCUUCCAGCAGUCAGUGUCCUAGUUCCAGGAAAAAGAGGUCAACAGUGGAUGAAACGAAAGUGUAUCGCGUGUCUACCGGGCCUUUUAUUUUGGAGAACGACGAGGAAGAGAAAGAAACAGGAUCAGGUGAAGAAAAUGAGUCCAAGUCCCUCUCAAAUGGUACAGUGAUUACAGUAGCGAUCAGCGGUGUUCUCGCCGUAGCAAUUAUCUGUCUCACGGCUUACCUGAUACUGCGCAGCCGCAACAAGCGCAGCCAACGUGGCGACAUCCACGUUGCUACAUAAGCAGGCGAACUGUAGCAACUUGCCAUUAGCAAAAAGCAGCAUGUGUAUCUUAAGUAUAGAUUAGUUGUUUCUUUCAUACAUUUUCAACUCAAAUUCCAUGCAGUUUGUCUUCGUGAAUCUGAAAUUGAGUCAAGAUUUUAGAAAUGGUCAAUAAAGUGAUCAGAGAAGAAGAAAACCAUGUUAACUUCAGUCAGGCUAGAAACUUCAAUUUUGCCGGCCAGACCUGUUUGGGACAAAAGAUGAAAAUUAGGGGAAUUACAAGUGAUUAUGUAAUUUUUUACUUUUUUUUCUUUUUUUAUGCUAAAUCGAGUUCUGAACAGAAACUGACGCGUCAGUUUUUGUUUUUGUACAAAAAACACAAAACUUUUGCACAAAACCUUUUUAGGAUACCCACAUGUUGUUACAUCAUAAUAUGCUGUUUUGUUAUACCAUCUUUUUAUAAUCGAAAUAAAAACUAAAUUUAAA